AUGUCCAACAUAACCGUCAUAGAAAACUUCCUACUUCUUGGAUUUUCUGGGGGCCGAGAACUUCAGAUUUUACACUUUGUGAUCUUCUUAGCAAUGUACCUGGCUAUCCUGAUGGGAAAUAUUCUGAUCAUUACCCUGAUAGUUGUGAGCAAGCACCUGCAUUUCCCGAUGUAUUUCUUUCUUGUCAACUUAUCAGUCCUUGACCUUGGAUCAACCUCUGUCAUCAUUCCCAACUCGAUGGCCAAUUCUUUCAAAAACAUAAGGCUGAUUUCAUUUUCUGAAUGUGUUAGACAAAUGUUUUUCUCUGUCCUUUUCCUGUCGUCGGACUUAUUCCUCCUCACUGUCAUGGCCUAUGACCGAUAUGUAGCCAUCUGUCAGCCACUGCACUAUGCAUCUAUGAUGAGAUGGAGUAGGUGCAUCCAGAUGGCAGGAGGAGCGUGGAUGGCAGGUUUCCUUAAUGGUGUUUUGCACAUCGGUACUGUUUUUUCAUUGCCCUUUUGCUCCAACGUCAUCAAUCAGUUCUUCUGUGAAAUCUCACAUCUAGUGAAGAUCUCCUGCUCUGAUUCAUCCCGCAGUGAGCUUUGGGCUCUUUUCUUUAGUGCAUUCUUAGCUCUUGGCUGCUUUGUGCUCAUUGUCAUGUCCUAUGUGCAGAUCUUUACCACAGUGUUCAGAAUGCCCUCCAUGGAAAAUAGGCAGAAAGCUUUCUCCACUUGUAUCCCCCAUAUCAUUGUUGUAUCCACAUUUGUUGGCACCAGCCUCUUUACUCAUCUUGUUCCAACCUCUAACUCUUCAUACAAUCUUAAUGAAGUGCUUGCUGUGUUAUAUACUGUGGUGCCUCCAAUGCUGAACCCAAUAAUCUACAGCAUGAGGAACAAAGAUGUCAAAGCUGCCUUUUGGAAUUUGCUUGGUUUUAUUCUUGGUAAGAAAAAUAAAAGGCUAGCUCCCAUUAAUCCAUAA